ACGAUCGUCCCCAGUGGAAACGAGUCAUUCAGUGAAGUUCGAGCGGCCGUGACGCUCGCAUCAGACCUGUGCGUCACGCAGAACCCGCUUAUAUCUCGGCAGGAUCAAGCACGACCUUCUAAUGUAUCAGACGAUUAGACGACCUCGACAGGUCGCGUUCGAAACUACGAAGAUGGCCAGAUUGCUGUUGCUUAUCUUGGCGAUUCUGAUGAGCGGCGACGCCAUCCACGCGCUGAUCAAACAACCAAACUACUGGCAAUUAAGAGAACAAUUGCUAAUGGACGAGAAGAGAUUAGCACUGGGCGGUGAUUUGGAGCUCGGACCCGUCGAAGUCAAAGCUAAUCAAGUCCUGAUGGCGGCUAAAAAUCGGGAGAUCUUGAACGGUUUUCGCACCGGCGACAGUUUCCUGCCGGCGCGCAAUUUCAUGGAGGUGAUACCGGAAAUCGAGAAGUCCGAAGUCUUCAAGAUCCUACGCGAGCUACCCAAAGGCGCCAUCCUCCAUUGCCAUGACACCGCUAUCGUCUCCCACGAGUAUAAACUCUACAAUAUCACUUAUCGCGACAACCUGUACAUUUGCAACAUUAACUCUACCCUGCGCGCCAAGUUUUUCGACGUCCCUGAUAAUGAGUGCGACUGGCGAUUGCUGAGCGACGUGCGCCAAGACCCGAUGCAGGCCGACGCUAUCAACAAGAAGAUCGCGAAGGAGAUGACGAUGAUCACGCAAAAUCCUCGCAGUGCCUACGAUACCGUCGACAAGGCGUGGAAGAAGUUCAUGACCAUUUUUAACUUCGUCGGGCCGAUGCUCACCUACAGACCCGUCUACGAGGACCAGUUCUACCAAGCCCUACAGGAUUUCUACGACGACAACGUCAUGUAUGUGGAAUUGCGAACGACGUUACCCUCGUUGUACGAUCUCGAUGGUAAGACGUACGGACCACUGGAGGUCGUGAAGGUCCAUAAGGACGUCGCUGAAAGAUUCACGAGGGACCAUCCCGACUUCGUCGGUGUUAAGCUCAUAUAUGCUCCGUUGCGAGCCGUCGACGCCGGACAAAUAGAUAAUUAUCUGGAAAUAAUGGCGCAGCUGAGGAGAGAUUAUCCGGACUUCGUGGCUGGUUUCGACUUGGUUGGCCAGGAGGACAAAGGACAGCCCCUCACUACGUUCGCGGACAAACUGAACGCUGUCGAUCCACAGAUUCAGUUCUUCUUUCACGCCGGGGAGACUGACUGGAAUGGAUUAUCCACCGACAUGAAUAUCCUCGACGCUUUCUUACUCAACACUAAACGCAUCGGUCACGGAUACGCGUUAACAAAGCAUCCGCUCUUGCGGGACUUGGUAAAACAGAUGGAUAUCGCCAUAGAGGUGUGUCCCAUCUCGAAUCAGGUUCUCAGUCUCGUGGACGACAUGAGGAAUCACCCGGCUGCCAGCCUGUUCGCGUCGGGAUCACCCGUGGUAGUCUCCAACGACGACCCCGCGCACUGGGGCGCGAAAGGACUGAGCUACGACUUUUACGAGGCCUUCAUGGGUAUCAUGAGCGCGAACUCGGAUCUCAGAAGUCUCAAGAAAUUAGCGUUGAACUCGCUGACUUACAGCAGCAUGAACAGCUCACAAAAACAGGACGCGAUUACGCGAUGGAACAUCAAAUGGGACACCUUCGUGACGAAGUUGGCUGAACUGUCCAAUUAAAAGAUAAUCAAGCCGAUUAAGAUUAAGAUCACGAACUACAUAAAGUAUUUUUACCUUCUCACUCUUAUUAUCAGUAAGAAUAAUCGAUAUCCCUUAAAUACCAAUUAACAGUAACAUUACAUCAAUAUUAUAAUUUCUCAAUUAACUUAAUUUUAUUAGUCCCUUAAUAAAUCCCUUAAUUAUAUUAUUUAAUUAUUAAUUAUGUUAUUACGUCAGUAUUGACUCUUAAUUUUGAUAGUUUGACGAACUUCCAAGUUUAUUGUCCCAAAUCUAAUGCCCGUUUCUGUCAAUUUUAAUUAACUUAAUCGGCUGGCUAUUACAACGGAAUCAACCAAUCACAUCUGUCAGUUCCGACUAACGAGAAAUGCGUUUGAUCAAUUCCGUUGAAAUAAGCAACCGGUUAAGUUAAAGCUAGUAGAAACGAGCAUAAGCUACAAAUUUUUCAAGUCACUGCAUAACGCAUUUUAUACUGUAAAAAUUUUAUACUGUAAAAAUAACAUUAAUAUAAUGUUAUGAAUAGUUGGUGUUUAUUAGAUAAUAUAAAAAUAUUCCGAUCACCGUGCCAUAUACAUGAUCUAAUAAUUAUACCUGAUAUAUAUAAUUGACCAAAAGUUUCAUAAUAUAUUUCUAGUUGCGCCAGAUACGGUCGUUCAGGAAUAUUUAAUCGUAUCGCAUUGUUGCCUCUUUGUGACGAAUUUAGAAAAAAUAUUGUUAUCAAAUAAAACUGUUAACGCAUUACAUCUUUUUCAUUCUUACAAGUUCAUGUUUGCGUUUACGUCACGAGUAUGUGCGAACGUAGACAGUGAGUAUUACAUCCAUAGAACUAUUAGAACCGUUGAAAUAUAAAUCUCGACUACUUUAUCAUUAACGAAGCGUUACUGCGAAGUUUUUUUUCGCACAUGGCCAGUAGAUUAUGCUCGACGGGAAAACCUGUUAUUGUAAAUGUAGAUUAUUCGCGAGGAUACUGCGUUACAUAAUAUACGGCUGAUUAAUUUGCGAUCUGCCGCGGGAAGUUGAGUGAAAGGCCUUACAGAUCUGUUGAAAUAAAACUGAAUUCAGCAUCGCUACAACGCAUAACGGAUGACAUUUAAUUACAUUCGUGUCGAUUGUUAUUCAACUGUUGUAUUUUUGUAAUGAUCCCAAUAUAACUAUACACAGGCUUAUGUACAAGAGUGCUGUGUAUAUAAAAUAUCGAUACAUUAGUUUACAGACGUGAACAUUCAAGUGCUUCUCUUUAAAAAGCCUUAUUAUCGGUACUUAACACAUCUGCAAAAUAAUACAUCAAUACAUAUAUGCAUAUAUAACUACGUACAAAAUCAAUAUCAUGUUUUCUUUUUGUUAUACGACGCAAAUAAUUAAUUCGACGCAUGUUGCAGGAGGUUAAAAGCCGAGUAAGACGUCUUAAAGAUCUAAGGAAAUGAAAUUGCAGUUACGUCAUUACAAUAUUUGUAUAUCUUCGCACACAGUCUUUUUUUUUUUUUUAAUAUUUGUCUGAAUAUUCAGAGUAUUCAAGAAGCGCCAAUGCGCUUUAAAUGUGCAUUUUAAUUAAUAUUAAAAGCGCAUUGUAAAUGUACAUUUACAGCGCAUUUUGUCCCGCAUUAAAAUUGCGUUUAAUGCACAUUAUGGCAGCGUAUCCAAAAAAUAUUUUUCGUGUGUCUUGUUUGCUGGUAUCUUGCGAAUUUAUGUUUCUGCAAUGUUUCUGCAAUAUUGCAUUGCUAUGUACAAUAUUGAAACGUUGCAGUAUUGUUGCUGCAAGCGUCUGUGCUGUAUGAGUUGUUCUUCUAACAUUAUUUUUUAUUAAAUAAAUGACAAACAUUGAAUCAACUA